GAGUGUAGUGGCUGAGGCAAGCCACUAAUUGACCCGAGGCGCAGCCGAGGACAAUUAGUGGCUUGCAGAAGCCACUAACCACUCCCAGGGUUACUAUCCAGCUAAGAAGCCGUACUACACAUGGUCUAUCUCGCUUAGAAAAUGCAUUUUUAAGGUUUAAUGAGAUUAGUUUCAUGCAAAAAAGAGAGUUUCAAGCUAGUAAAAAGAGAUGUCUUUCAAAUUUAGAGAGCCCAAAGAUUUUAGCUCAAUGUGCCACGACUGUACUGGUCCUGGAUGUACCUUUUGUAGUUGGAGAGCGGAGCACCCCAUCAGACUUAAUUGGGAGUCAGUUUUUGAUGAACCAGAUGACCGUAUCGUUGGAAUACAAGUAACCAGCUCCCAAAUGGGCGAUCCCUACAAGGCCCUGUCAACGCAACAAACUGACGAGUAUUUGAACCAAUUUGAAGAAAAUCUAUUGGAUUUCCCUCCGAUAAGUGAUGAUUUGCUCACUCAAGUCGAUAUUUAAUUGAUGCUGCUAUAACCAAUUCUCAAACUGCAAGCUUUGACUCCACUACUGGUACUACUUCCACCACUGCUGUCACUGCUGUCUCUACUACAGCUACAGUUUCUCGUUACGCUUCCCCAAAAAAACAAAAAUAUAUUGAUAGUAUUAAGAAAAGCAGCAUUCCGCAAAAAACUAAGAGUUGUACACAAUGGGCUGUCAAGUUAUGGAUUGACUGGGCUAUGUCAAGAAAUAAAGCGCUACUAGCUGGAGAAAACGCAUUCAGCACCUCUAUCAAUGACCUAACAGUGGCAGAAAUGAAUUUUUGGCUUUCAAGAUUCGUUUUAGAAGUAAGGAAACAAAGAUGUAAACAACCUUACCCUCCUAACACUUUAUACCAACUAAUUUGUGGGUUACAGCGUCACCUCAAAGAGAAUGGAAGGCCAGACGUUGACCCUGCCUUGCACGACUUUCGAAGUACUCUUGACGGUGAAAUGAAACGCUUAAAUGCUACUGGGAACUAUGUCAGCAAAAAGCAAGCUCAGCCGAUUACAUUAGAGCAAGAAGAGGUUCUCUGGGAAAGGAAGCUUCUAGGGGACCAUACCCCGAAUGUUCUACUAAACACAUUAGUGUAUCAGUGUGGACUUUUGUUCGCUCUACGCAGUAGCAAUGAGCAUCGUCGCUUAAGGCAUUCUCCAGCACAAAUUCAGCUUUUUGAGCCCCCAGGGAAUCGUCCUUAUUUGGUCUAUCAAGAAGAUGUCUCUAAAACAAAUCAAGGAGGCCUGGCCGACAGAAAGAAGAAGCCAAAAGAGGUAGUUCAAUAUGCAAACAAAGACAGCCCACAUAGGUGUGUUGUAAGAUUGUUCAAGUUGUAUAAUUCCAAAUGUCCUGAGAAGAGGCCUAAUAAUGCGUUUUACCUGACCCCUUUGCGCUCACCCAAAGGAAAUGUAUGGUAUUCUGUCACUCCCCUCGGGCAUAAUCUUCUCUCUAAAGUUGUUUCUAAUUUGAUGCAAGAUGCGGGAUUUAGUGGUCAUUACACUAACCAUUCUCUGCGAGCUGCUUUGGCAACAAGAUUGUUUGAUGCACAAAUUGACGAACAACUCAUCAUGAGUAGGCUGGCCAUUCAAGCACAGACGGGGUCAGAGCAUACAAAAGGGCUUCCAACAAGCUGAAGGAAAUAACAUCUGACGUUCUUAACACGAAGUCUGUGCCAAAGCGAAAAUGCCUUGAUGAUGUGCGAUCUUUUGCUGAGCCUGCUGAACCUGUUCAGAAAAGCAAAGAAACCGAAACUGCUCAGAAGACCAUGCUGCCUACUAUUUCUAUUUCUGGUGGAACUAAUAUAACAAUCAAUUUGUCUUCUAAUUAAUUUUGUGCUUAAAAAUGAUUGUAAUCUGUCUGAUUUUAAUUAUAUUCAUG